GCAAAGGCGCUUCUGGGUUCUUUUUGAAAUAUCGUAGGUACCUAGCUAGCAUUCUGGACUUGCCUUUUGCUGACCGCGCAUUUCCACCUCCCGUCGCCUCUCCCUUUCCCCUUUCCGUCAUUGAUUUGAUUCUUUCAGACCUUCGAUUGAUUGAUCGUAGGCUAGCCUGGGCUGACAAAGCCAACCUCAACCUAAGGUACCAUCUACUUCAAGGGGGCAGCUCCGCCGUUGUUUGUUGGGUUGGCCACUUCACUCCCGCGCCUACCAUCAACACCGCCAAAGCACGCUACGGUACAGGGUACCUUGGGUUUUCACCUCUAGCUUCAUUGGGAACGACGGGAAGCGACGACAGCAACAGCGACCUGACAUGAGGUGGUCUCCGCUAUAGAGGGUAGGUUUGCUUUAACAACCCCAGGCACCCCCAAACCCCUUCAUCUCGUCGGACUGCCCACAGGUAACCUACCCAGGUCCAACCUACCUACUACUCUGAAUGUGGCUCUGUCUACCGCGCCUCGAUUUUCGAAAGGCAUCCUGACAUUGCAAAUCAAACAGAGUUCGCCUGAGCUGAGCAACGCGUACAUUCGAACAGAACAUUCCAAUCGCCAAACGACCUGGAGUCUGCCCUUGCGCAGCUGACGGGUUGCCCCAUUGGCCUCCGUGUCCACCGUGUUCGAGGUGGUCACGCCAGACAACACAGCCGACAACAAUCUGACUCCUCUCUUUUUUGCCCUUGAGUGCCAGCUAUCAUGGCGGACAACACAGAGAGCCCUCCCCCGGUGGGGAACGAUCCGCCUGUUGCUCGAAGACAGAGAGCCCCUACAAUUACCAUUGACACCACGGCGGUAUCUCCACAACCCCAGGAAUCUCCCGAAAGCGCCCCAAGAGGCGUCUCAUACUCACCUACCUCGCUGGGAGAGGACGCAUAUAGCCCUACCGCCAUGGACCCCAUUGCCAGUCACUGGACCCCUUCCCACCAACACUCCAAUUCUCUAGGACAGAGGUCUGAAAUGCGCCAGUCCACCUCUUUCGACAGCAGAGAUAGUCGCCCGACAAGUCCUCACAAUGUCUCCAGCCCUGUCACCUACCGUCCCAUGGACCCCCAAAACUUCCUGUCAGUCCCCGGCGCUGCUGGCAGGUCACGCCAAAACUCAGUCAACUCCAACGAUGAGACCCGCUCGAUAGCAUCAUCGCAAGGGGAGACAGUUAUUGGAGGUUCUUCCCACCAAGGCGACAAGAUUGGCCGCCCCCUGUCCAGCAACACAUCAGACAACGCCCAAAUCAUGAACGACCCAGAUGCUCUCAAGCCAGACCAAGGAAGGGAGGCCGACUUCGAGGUUGUCGACAAUCCCUUCGCCUACACCCCUGGUCAACUCAACAAAAUGUUUAACCCCAAAAGUCUUUCCGCCUUCUGGAAGUUGGGUGGUCUUGCCGGUUUGGAAAAGGGUCUCAGGACUGAUAGGAAAGCCGGUCUUAGCAUGGAUGAGGUUGAAGUUGAUGGGCGUGUUACUUUCGACGAGGCUACUGCCCGUCCGUCUGGGAACCCACCCGCCCAGCCCAAGGCUGCCACCGAAACCGUGCUCGCCAAGACCGACAGCCACGCAGCAGCAGACCACCACAAGAAGCAUCAUGGAGACGACCAUUACACAUCGAGAAAGCGGGUCUUUUCCGACAACAGACUGCCAGAGAAGAAGGGCAAGAGCUUGUUGGAGCUGAUGUGGAUCACCUAUAAUGACAAGGUCCUCAUUCUCCUUUCGAUUGCCGCCGUUGUUUCGCUCGCUAUCGGGCUGUAUCAGACGUUUGGCCAGGCGCAUAAACCCGGUGAAGCCAAGGUUGAGUGGGUAGAAGGAGUUGCCAUCAUUGUCGCUAUCGUCAUCGUCGUUAUGGUCGGAUCCUUGAACGAUUACCAAAAGGAACGUCAAUUCGCAAAACUCAACAAAAAGAAGCAAGAUCGUCUGGUCAAGGCUAUCCGGUCCGGCAAAACGGUGGAAAUCUCGGUUUUCGAUGUCCUGGUUGGUGAUGUGCUGCAUCUUGAGCCUGGCGACAUGAUCCCUGUCGACGGUAUCUUGAUUGAGGGCUACAAUGUGAAAUGCGACGAGUCUCAGGCCACCGGCGAGUCCGACAUCAUCCGUAAGAGGCCUGCUGACGAGGUUUACGCUGCCAUCGAGAACAACGAGAACGUCAAGAAGAUGGAUCCCUUUAUUCAAUCUGGUGCUCGCGUUAUGGAGGGCAUGGGUACCUACCUGGUCACUUCCACCGGUAUCUACUCUAGCUAUGGCAGAACCCUCAUGGCGCUCGAUGAGGAUCCCGAGAUGACUCCUCUCCAGUCCAAGCUGAACGUUAUUGCCGAGUAUAUCGCCAAGCUCGGUGGUGCUGCUGGUCUCUUGCUCUUCAUCGUCCUCUUCAUCAUCUUCCUCGUCAAGCUUCCCAAAUCACAGCACACUCCGGCCGAAAAGGGUCAGCAGUUCUUGAACAUCUUCAUUGUCGUUGUCACAAUUAUUGUCGUUGCCGUGCCUGAAGGCUUGCCUCUUGCCGUCACCUUGGCUUUGGCCUUUGCCACCACCCGCAUGUUGCGCGACAACAACCUGGUUCGUCACCUCAAGGCUUGCGAAGUCAUGGGCAAUGCCACCACUAUUUGCUCGGACAAGACUGGUACCUUGACCCAGAACAAGAUGCAAAUCGUUGCUGGCACCGUUGGCACCACGCAUAGGUUUGGUGGUGUUGGCUCUGCCGGUGGUCUCAACCCCGAGACUCCGGACAGCCCGACUGAGGCCGACGUUACCGCAAAGGAAGUUGUUGCCUCGCUUGAUGCCUCUGUCAAGGAAUUGCUUCUCAAGUCCAUUUCUCUCAACUCCACUGCUUUCGAAGGCGAAAUUGACGGUGUCAAAUCUUUCGUUGGCUCCAAGACCGAAACCGCCCUUCUCGAAUUCGCUAAGGAGCAUCUCGCCAUGGGCCCUAUUGCUGAGGAGCGUGCCAACGCCAAGAUCCUUCAUCUGAUCCCUUUCGACUCUGGACGCAAGUGCAUGGGCGUUGUUGUGGCGCUUGACAACGGCAAGGCACGGCUUUAUGUCAAGGGUGCUUCCGAGAUCAUGCUGGAAAAGUGCACCCAGAUUCUGCGCGACCCCUCCAACGGCAUUACUGCUGGCCCCUUGACCCAGGAGAAUCGUGAGACCGUCUUGAAGCUCAUUGAGACAUAUGCGAGAAACUCGUUGCGCACCAUCGGCAUCAUCUACCGGGACUUUGCUCACUGGCCUCCUGCCAAGGCGCGCCGUACUGGAGAGGACAAGGAGGAGAUCGUCUUUGAGGAUAUUUGCAGCCAAAUGACCUUCGUCGGCAUGGUUGGUAUCAAGGAUCCUCUGCGCCCUGGUGUUCCCGAAGCCGUCCAGCUGUGCCAGAAGGCAGGAGUCGUUGUUCGCAUGGUUACUGGUGACAACAAGAUCACUGCUGAAGCAAUCGCCAAGGACUGUGGCAUCCUUCAACCUAACAGUCUCGUUAUGGAAGGCCCCGAGUUCCGGAACCUCAGCAAGGCCAAGCAAGAAGAGAUUAUUCCCCGGUUGCACGUACUUGCCCGUUCCAGUCCUGAGGACAAGCGCAUUUUGGUCAAGCGUCUCAAGGAUAUGGGCGAGAUUGUUGCUGUGACCGGUGACGGAACCAACGAUGCCCCUGCCCUGAAGAUGGCCGAUGUCGGUUUUUCGAUGGGUAUUGCUGGUACUGAAGUCGCAAAGGAGGCAUCCGCUAUUAUUCUCAUGGACGACAACUUCAACUCGAUUGUCAAGGCACUGAAGUGGGGACGUGCUGUCAACGAUGCCGUGAAGCGCUUCCUUCAGUUUCAGCUUACUGUCAACGUUACUGCCGUCAUCCUCACCUUCAUCUCUGCUGUCUCCAACAAAGAGCAGGACUCGGUCCUUACCGCCGUGCAGCUUCUGUGGGUUAACUUGAUCAUGGAUACUCUUGCCGCUUUGGCGCUGGCCACCGAUCCUCCUGCCGACAGUGUUUUGGACCGCAAGCCUGAACGCAGGGGUUCUGGCAUCAUCUCGACGACCAUGUGGAAGAUGAUCAUCGGUCAAGCCAUCUACCAGCUGGCCAUCACCUUGUUGAUCUAUUUCGGCAAGCAAGGCGUUCUGCCCAACUACGAUGACAACGUCACGGAUGAUCAGAUCCAGACUCUUGUCUUCAACACGUUUGUGUGGAUGCAAAUCUUCAACCAGUGGAACAAUCGUCGUCUGGAUAACAACUUUAACAUUUUCGAAGGCCUCACCAAGAACUUGUUCUUCCUGGGCAUUUCCGCCAUUAUGAUGGGCGGACAGGUCUUGAUCGUCUUUGUCGGUGGCCAAGCCUUCUCAAUUGCCAAGGAAAAGCAAACGGGAGCCAUGUGGGCGUACGCUCUGAUUCUGGGCUUCAUCUCCAUCCCUGUCGGCAUGAUUAUCCGUCUCAUUCCCGACUCGCUGUUUGAGCGUAUGGUGCCCGAAUACAUCAAGAGGAGGGCUAACAAGACGCCCGACUUGACCGUGUCUGAUGAUGAGCGGUUCGAGUACUACCCGCCGGCUUUUGCCGAGGUCCGGGACGAGCUGGCCUUCCUGAAGCAGUUCAAGGGUGGACGUAUCAACAACCUCAAGUUCGCCAUGAAGCAUCCUCGCGAGACCUUCAUGCCCAAGAGGAGCGCUUCCCACAGCAGGUCCAACUCCAAGUCCAACUCGAUCAACGUUCCCAUGACACCCAUCCGCAAGGAUAGCACCGGCGGCGCUCCUUCCAUCGCUCCCCCUACACCUGAUUCUAGGAGACGGAGCAGAAGCACGCGGUCCAGGUCCAACAGUGCUCUCGGAGCGUCCAUGGUGAUGACUGGUAUCAUCGCUGGCAGUGUUGCCGCGGGAUGGGCGCCGUCACCUGUGGAGCGCCGACCGGAUUCCGAUUUUGGCCUGUUCCCUCCUAAGUCGAGCCCACAUGCCGAGUCUUCGCAAUCCGAAGUGCAGCCCUCGCAGCGGUCUCUUACUCCUUCGAUCAAUGAGGAGCAGGAGACGCCCGAUAUUGUCCCCAGCAUCGUGGAGCAGACUGUUCCUAUCCUCAGCGUGCCUAAGCCACCAGGGCAAAAGUCGGCCUAAAUGGCAGGACAUUUUGGAGUACUGGACGGUCAAAGGGAACGAGUUUUAGAUACCCCCAUUCUGAAUCUAACUCGAUUUGGUAACCCUUUAUUUGUUCUUUGUUAUUUUUUUCAUACAGCUUCACUACAUUUUCUGUCGAUUGAUACGUUGUAAUACUAGUUGUACACAACGGUGUUCAUGCAACCAAGAAAAAAAGAGAGAGAGAGAGCUCGGUGGGAGAGGAGGAAGUGGUUAAACAAAACACUCGCUCGGAUUUAUGGGACUUUGCAAGCUCGGCGUUUGAAGUUACAGGUCUUUUUUUUGGGGGGUGUUUUGUCCUUGUUGAACAAAGCAGGUUAUAUACACUGUACGGGAGCAGAGAAGGAGUGGAAAGGGAGAGUCGAGUGACUAUGUGGUUACUGAACGAAGGAAGACUUUGACGAGUAUAGUAUGCAUACGUUUGUUUUAAUGCUGUUGCGGCAGUAAUACGUUUUCGGGGAGGAAUGAGGGAUGGAUGGACAUGAGAUAAAAGACGCGGAAUAUCGAUACCCCUUGUCCACACGACAUUCCUUGUACGUAUUUGGUUUUAUGAUUCCCAAGUACUGCUAGAAACCAACCGCGGAAUCUACAUAUGAAGAUAAACUUGACUAGUUGAG